AUGACAGAGAACACUCGUCUCCAAACGUUGCAAGCUGCAAUUUCUCGUUUAACCGAGCAAUCGGAUGGCUACACCAAGCAAUUCGCCUCUAUCACACAAACACUUGGUUUGUUACAGGAGCAGUUCGUGCAGCACUUGGCAGAAUCCCCGAGACGUGGCCCUUCCUCCCCUGUCUUUGGCCACCCCCGUCAGAUGAAAGUGGAUUUCCCUCGUUUCUCUGGCACGGAGGAUGUUUCCCAAUGGAUCUAUCACGUAGAACGCUUCUUCCGCAUCUAUGAUAUCUCUGAGGACCAACGGUUGGAUCUGGUGGCCGUCAAUUUGGAAGGCCGGGCCCUUACUUGGUUUCAGAUGUGGGAGAGACUCGAACCUAUGGCCGAUUGGCUUGCCAUCUCCACUGCCUUGCAAAUGCAAUUCGGGCCGUCCCAUUUUGAAAACCCCCGGGAGGAGCUACUGAAAUUGAAACAAUCCACCACUGUGAAUGCUUACUUUGAAUCCUUAAACAAUUUGGCCGCCCGUGCAUACGGCUUAGAUGAUGCUCUGCUACUUGAUUGCUUUGUGGGUGGUCUUCAUCCGGAACUGAAACGGGAGGUGAAAGCCCGUUCCCCGAUCUCUUUGUUGCAAGCGAUUUCUCUUGCUAAAUUGUUUGAGGAAAAGUUUCUGCCUCAGACCCAACGUUGGCGCUCUGCCGUUGCUCAGCCCCAGCAACCGCCGGCUCGGCUUACCGCCGCCUUAGCCCCAAAACCACUCACUACCGUUUCCCCUGCACAGCCACCGCCUCAAAAUCCUCCACUCCUCCCCACCCCUCCAAAGACUAACACAAUGCACAAAUUAACCCCAAUGGAGAUACAGUUUCGGAGAGAAAAGGGCAUAUGUUUUACCUGUGACGAGCGCUAUUCUCCUUCCCACAAAUGUGCUUCCAAGCACUAUUUUCUAGUCCAAACUGUGGAGGAAGUUCCUACUGACCAGGACUCUGCAAUUGAGAUUACUGAAGAAGACCAAACCCCGCCGGUACUAGCUGAGGUAAUGGUCGAGCCCCUCCACCUUUCGUACAAUGCCAUGGCCGGCAUCCCUACCCGACGGUCGAUUAGGUUCCGAGGUCUGGUGCAAGGCAGGGACAUCCUCGUACUCAUGGAUGGCGGCAGCUCGGAUAAUUUCAUCCACCCGACUUUGGUUCGACGCCUGGCAGUGCCCAUUCAUUAUUCCCCAAGAUUCAAGGUUGAGGUGGGUAAUGGUGCUUUGCUACAAUGCGAGGGUGAGGUUCGUGAUUUACCGGUUUCCAUUCAGAAUCAUUUGCUCCUUAUAUCGGCCUUCGUACUCCCCAUUGCUAGUGAGGAGCUGGUUUUAGGUGACAUUUGGCUUGAGACACUAGACACCCAUUUGGUUAAUUACAAGGAAAAAUUCAUUACCUUCGUGGUUGGGGCUGAGAUGGUUACUUUGCAGGGUGAAAAAGAUGUCAACCCAGCUCAGGCACAAUUUCAUCAGUUGCGGCGUUUGCACAUAACAGAUGAGAUUAUGGAAAUGUACACACUUCAACUCCAAGAAAUGGUUACAGACACCCCUCCUCUUUUGGAAUUACCUUCUGAUUUGGCGCCCGACUUGGCUUCUAUAUUGCAGGAUUACUCAGUUGUUUUUCAGGUUCCAAAAGGCUUGCCCCCGCCGAGAGUGCAUGAUCACACCAUUACCUUGUUACCCGGAACGACGCCUAUUAAGGUCCGCCCCUAUCGAUAUCCUCAUAGCCAAAAGUCUGAGAUUGAGCGGAUCGUCUCUGAGAUGCUAGCCGAGGGCAUCAUACAGCCAAGCACUAGCCCCUUCUCUUCUCCCGUGCUUUUGGUGAAAAAGAAAGACGGCUCAUGGCGGUUCUGCACUGAUUAUCGGGCCCUCAAUCAUGCCACCAUCAAGGAUUCCUUUCCUAUGCCGACGGUGGACGAAUUACUCGAUGAAUUGUUCGGUGCUCGGUUUUUCUCUAAACUCGACCUCCGCUCGGGGUACCAUCAGAUUCGUGUCAGACCGGAGGAUUGUUUUAAGACGGCUUUCCGAACCCACCACGGCUUAUACGAAUGGCUUGUUAUGCCAUUUGGUCUGACUAAUGGCCCUGCUACCUUUCAGUGUUUGAUGAAUGCUAUCUUUUCUGAGGUCUUACGAAAAUUUGUGCUCGUCUUCUUUGAUGAUAUCCUGGUUUAUAGUGCAGAUUGGCAGUCUCAUCUCCAUCAUCUAGUGUAUGUCUUACGCGUGCUCAAGCACCAUUCUCUAUUUGCCAAACUUUCUAAAUGCUCAUUCGGAAAAACACAAGUUGAGUACCUGGGCCAUGUGGUUUCACUUGAGGGAGUGAGAGUGGAUGACUCAAAAAUUGAAGCAAUUCGUUGUUGGCCGAUUCCAACCUCAGUAAAGAAACUUCGGGCGUUUUUGGGAUUGGCGAGUUACUAUCGAAAGUUCAUAUGCAAUUUUGCCACUCUGGCCGCGCCACUCACUGACUUGUUGCGCAAAGAGGGGUUUGUGUGGUCGCCAUCAGCCUCGGAUGCUUUUGUGACAUUGAAAGAGGCUCUAACUCAUGCACCAGUCCUGGCACUUCCCGACUUCUCUAAACCUUUUGUGCUCGAGACAGAUGCUUUGGGUACCGGUCUUGGGGGGAUUCUCAGUCAAGCUGGACAUCCCAUUGCUUAUUUUUCGAAGAAACUCUCCUCCACGGCUCAGAAGCAAUCCGUCUAUGCCCGGAAAAUGCAAGCAAUCUUAGCGGCGGUGGCUAAGUUCCGCCACUACUUGCUUGAAUACAAAAAGGGCUCGGAUAAUCAAGGUGCCGAUGGGCUGUCUCGCCAAUUUCUUGCUGUCACAUCACUCACUUGCGACAUUCUCACGCAGCUACGGUCCGAUCUCCAGCACUUCAACCCCUCGGAUAUAUUUUUUGAGGUGGAUCUUCGGUCUGACAAUUUACAGCACCGGCAGGGUCUUUGGUUUUGGAAGGACCAACUGAUAAUCCCUUCUACUUCGUCCCUCAUCCUGAAGCUUCUUUAUGAGUGCCAUGACUCAGCCAUUGGUGGCCAUGGUGGUUAUCAAAAGACAUUGUGCCGAUGA